AUCCUAGAAUCCUAGCAAAUUUCUAGUUUUAAACACAAGGCAAAAAAGACGUACGAAUGUUUUUUUCGUGCAAAACACCGGUUUUGGUUUAUUAAAAUUGCUAAAAGACCAUUGCAUAGUUUUGGAGAAAAAGAAAGAAUUCAUCAGUUUUAUAACAUGAAAACCGCUUCCGAGUGUGAUUGUUUUAAAAUUGAACAUCUCAAGGGUUCAAGAGUCAUUUUUACAAACCUUUUUGAUUUAAAAGCACCAUUUUAACUUGCACGUGUACUACACGGCUGAAAAUGUUCAACACGUUCAGUCAUCGAGACGUGCAAGUUAAAAUGAUGCACUUUAUAAAGAUUAAACAAAACAAUUCGAUGAAAGAUAAAAUAAACAAAAAUAUAUUUACAUGAACGGGCCAAGGGUUAAUAGUAAUCAAAGGGCACCUAGUGGCUUCCGGUCACCUUGUACAACCAAAAAUGCUUUUUCAUGUUUUGAAACUAAUAAACCCUUCUCUAUUUCUCAAAACUUUGAAUUGGUCGUGUAACCAUUUUAAUGAAGCAAAAUCCGUUAUAUAAGGUGCAAGAGCUCGCUCUCAGACGUGUGCGCGUUCUGCAACCGCUUUUGCUGAUAAUAAAUUUUUAUUGUCAACGCCAAAACUCUCGCGCCAUGAAAGACUACUAUAUAUCUAUCUCUAUAAGCGACUUUUACUACUAUAGCAUAUCCCCUAGUGGUCUAAAUAAGCCUCAGUUUGACAGUUAAUACACUAUAACACUAUAAUUUAGUCUCAUGCUGGGAGUAAAGUAUUGUGUGAUAUUCAUCUGUUGUGUUACUCUAGCUGUAUAGAAAAGCUCAAAUUUUGCCAUUUUCGUGGGAUUCUUCCAUCCCAAUGAACUUUUUCGAUACAUACGCAACUGUUUUACAAAAUAAGAGGAUUUCUUCUGUCUAUGUAUUGUAGGCAAAUCAUUUAUCGGUAAUACAUUUGCAACAAAAGCUGGUUAUAAUGAAGUUGCUGAAUUGAAUAAAAUAAUUAUAUUGUAUCCACGAAUUCGACCAUCGACAGUAUCAUCAAAUGUUUAUGGUUGUUGGAAUUGGUGGGGUUAUUCGUCAAUAAAUUAUGCUAAUAAACUUGGACCACAAACGUCAGGAAUUAAAAAAAUGAUUGACACUGUUCGUGCUAUUCAUACUGCUUAA